AUGGUUGGCAGCCUUGACGAUGACUACCCCACCACUCCCGUCCUCCUGAUCUCCGCUCACCCUCAGGGGGAUGAUGACGACUCUGGCGACACCCACUUCCGCGUGGAGGAAGAUGCCAUUGAGUUGCUGGCUCAGUAUGCCUCCAGCCAGCCGCUGCCGGUCAUUGCCAUCACCGGUGUGUACCGCACGGGCAAGAGCUUCAUCAUGAACCAGCUCUCUGGAAUCGAUCGCGGCGGCUUCCCGGUUGGUGCAACCAUCGAGCCCUGCACUUCCGGCAUUUGGAUGCAAUUCGCGCGGAACCCCGAAACUGGUGGCAUGUGCCUGCUGCUUGACACUGAGGGCCUGUCAUCCUACACCAAGUCGGCCUCCUACGAUGCCAAGCUCUUCGCCCUGGCCACCCUGCUGUCAUCCUUCCUCAUCUACAAUGCCUCGGGCCCGAUCGAUGACGACGCGCUUAGCUCGCUGGCUGCGGCCACGGCGGUGGCCCGGGCCGUUCGGGUGAACUCCACCGAGCCCGAGACCUCGGUCCAGACGGCCGUUGGUGCCGGAUCCGGCAGCGAGGUCUCCUUCGAUGAGCGCCGUCGCCAACGCCGGCUGGCCAUGUAUUUCCCGCGCUUUCUCUGGCUGGCGCGCGACUUCAGCCUCGAGCUGGAAGCUGGCGGGGAGCGCCUCACCACCAAUGAAUACCUCGAGCGUGCUCUGGCUCCGAUCCAGGGCGAUUCCGACCGCACCCGCUCGCGAAAUGUCAUCCGGACUGCCAUCACUGGUGCCUUCAAGGAGCGCUCCUGCCUGACCAUGCGCCGGCCGGCGCAUGAUGAGGAGGACCUCCAGGCCAUCUCCGAGGCCCUAUCUGCCGCCGGAGCCGGGCUCGCCGGGCUCAACCUUCGGCCGGAGUUCAUCAGUGACGUGGAGCAGAUGAAGGCCUUCGUGUGGAGCCACCUCUCCCCGAAGCAGGUCAAUGGCUCGGGUGUCACCGGCCCCAUGCUUUCAACCCUGGCCGAGGCGUACUGCGACGCGCUGAAUGCUGGUGCCGCGCCGGCCAUCGGAUCUGCCUGGGAUGAGGUGUGCGAGAACGAGUGUAAUCGCGCCCUGUCCCAGGCCAUUCAGGCCUAUGACGAUGACCUCGAUGCCCUUCUUCGGAAGGACUCCCAGGCGCCGCUGGACUCGACCAACACCCCGCUCAUCAGCGAGGCCAGCCUGGCUGGUCUGCGCGAGCGCGCCUUCUUCGUCUUCCAGUCGAAUCCGCUCACCUCAUCCUCGGCUCCCGCGGCCAAGGUGUGCUCCGACAAGCUGGAGCAGCACAUUACCAAGCGCGCGGCCGAGGCCCUGCACAUUGCCCAGAGCCGCAACGAGUCGCGUGCCGAGGCCAUGGUCGACCGCCUGGUCAGCAAGGUCACCAGCCUGUUGGAUAGUGACUCGGAAGACUUCUCCUUGGACCAUAUUGUGGAGAACACCAAGAAGGUUGUGGACCAGCUGGUCAACAGCGUCAAGGCCGCUGAUCCUUCCCUGUACACCCUGGUGAUGAUGCAGCUGGCCCUGCGGGCGGACCACAUCUGGGCCCGGCCGCUGCGCGUGCAUGCCAACCGUGUUAUCUCCGAGUUGGAGGAGGAGGCCGAGGUCCGCGUGGCGGAGGUCCGCGCCGACGCUGAGAAGGACCACAGCCGCGCGUACGCCACCAUCACCGGCCUCAAUGAGGAUAUUGCCUCAUCUGAUGCACAGCUUGAGACACUUCGGAAUGAGCGCGAUAAGCUCCAGGACAAGCUCGCAGUGGCCGAAAGCCGCAUCAGCAGUCUGGAGGCUGAUGUGCAGAAGCUGUCCAGCGACAACCCCGAUGUCGCCCGCAAGGAUGAGCAGAUUGCCCAGCUGCAGCAGGAUCUAGCUGAGGCACGGAAUGCCCUCACCCAGGCCCGGCGGGAGAAGCUCGAGAUUGAGGAAGCCGCACAGUCCUCCCAGAGGAAGAAGCGCUUCUUCUGCUGCUGA